AGUUAGCCAGUCGGCCACCUCGGUAGCUUGCCAGACAAUAUAACCGAACCAGUGAAGCUCUUUAGACGUUUUAAUGUAUAUUAGCCGCUGUGUUUUGAACACACUUCUGUCAAUCUAGCUAAUUAUAUAAUUUCAUUGCAUAUUUACGUUGUUAUUGUUAUUAGUUAGCUAACGGUAGCUGGCUGGUUCAGUUAGCAUUAGCCUUGUUAGCUAACUGUUAGCUAUCAUCCCCCGACCAUGAGUUCACCAAGCUGCUCUCCUCCUGAUGAAGAGGAGGAGGAGGUCUGCUGGACGGAGAAAGAGGGUCUGUGGCUGAACGUUGUCGUGAAAGAGGAGAAUGAAGAGGAGGAUAUCACAGUAACAAAAGUAGAGGAAGAGCAGGAUGUUACAGUGAAAGAAGAGGAGGAUGAGGCUUUUGCAGUGAAAGAAGAAGAGGAAGACUCGGUCAGAGUGAAAGAGGAAAAAGACCCGGAGGAGACGGGAGGAGAGAGACGUGACUAUCGUGGAUCCUCUGGGGAGCCUCAACAACAUCAUGAUGCUGAAGAGGCAGAGAAGAGUCUAUCCACAUCAGAACUCCUCAAGAAACACCCACAGAGACCCACAGGGAAGAAUCCUCACUGCUGCUCUCACUGUGGGAAGCGUUGCAAAUCUUUAUCAGAACUUAAAAUACACCAGAGAACACACACAGGAGAGAAACCUUAUAGCUGUGAUCAAUGUGGGAGGAGUUUUACUAUAUCAAGCCAUCUGACUUCACACCAGAGAACACACACAGGAGAGAAACCUUAUAGCUGUGAUCAAUGUGGGAGGAGUUUUACUAUAUCAAGCCAUCUGACUUCACACCAGAGAACACACACAGGAGAGAAACCUUAUAGCUGUGAUCAUUGUGGGAUGAGUUUUGCUGCAUCAAGCAAUCUGACUUCACACCAGAGAACACACACAGGAAAGAAACCUUAUAGCUGUGAUCAAUGUGGGAUGAGUUUUGCUGCAUCAAGCAAUCUGACAAGACACCAGAGAAUACACACAGGAGAGAAACCUUAUAGCUGUGAUCAAUGUGGGAAGUGUUUUACUAUAUUGAGCUCUCUGACUUCACACCAGAGAACACACACAGGAGAGAAACCUUAUAGCUGUGAUCAAUGUGGGAAGAGUUUUACUAUAUCAAGCUCUCUGACUUCACACCAGAGAAUACACACAGGAGAGAAACCUUAUAGCUGUGAUCAAUGUGGGAAGUGUUUUACUAUAUCAAGCUCUCUGACUUCACACCAGAGAACACACACAGGAGAGAAACCUUAUAGCUGUGAUCAAUGUGGGAAGUGUUUUACUAUAUCAAGCCAUCUGACAUCACACCAGCGGACACACACAGGAGAGAAGCCUUAUAUCUGUGAUCAAUGUGACAAGAGAUACUCUGAUAAAAGAUCACUGAUCAAACAUCAGAAAAUACAUACAUGAAGAAGUUGUUUCAGGAUAUCAAUGAAAUAAUGUCACAAUGUAGAAUGUUUUAACAUUGUAGUAGGAGUAUUUUAAAUGAUGUCACAAUGUAUAAUGUUUUAACAUUGUAGUAGGAGUGUCUUAAUGAUGUCACAAUGUAGAAUGUUUUAACAUUGUAGUAGGAGUAUUUGAAUGAUGUUACAAUGUAGAAUGUCUUAACAUUGUAGUAGCAGCACUUCAACAUUCAAAAUGUAGCCAGCGGUUUUCUACAAGUUGAAAAAGCUGCUUGUUUAAAAAAAUACAUGUAAUUGAUAAUUGUUGCAGAUGUUUGUGUAUUUUCACACAUGAAAGCAGUACAAUAAAUUGGACUAUAAUCCAUUUUUAU